AGAAAAUCUCAGAAAGCUUUCAGCUGACUUUUUUUUUUUUUUUUUCCCUCUCCAAAUCUCAUCUCUCUUCUUGCUUCGUCUUUCUGUCUUGACCCUCUUGACUCUUUCUUCGCCGUCUAUGGGGAUCUCCUUCAGCAAACGUCGACGUGACGACUACCACGGUCGCCACCACCAUCACCUUCCUCCUCCUCCUCCUCCUCCUCCGCCGCAGCACUAUUACUCCGAUCCUCCACCACAACCGCCGCCUCAACCACCGCACAACCAGUACAGCUACACUCACAACAACCUCGUAUCAACUCCACAGCUCGCUCUUCCUCCUCCUCAACAACCGUUUCAGCCACCGUCUCAUCCUCAGCCGCAGAUUAAUUACGGAGCGUACGGUCAUAACUAUAACUCUUACUAUAAUCAAAACCAGUAUUACCCACAACAGCCUCCUCCGUAUUACUCCGGUUAUCAUCCCAACGCGAGGAAUUUGACGAUGAGACCGGUUCACUUCGUCCAGCCUCCGGUACCUCAUCCGCCGUACGUGGAGCAUCAGAGUGCGAAGAAGGUGAGGAAUGAUGUCAAUGUUCAUAAAGAUACGGUGAAGCUCGAAGCAGACGAUCUUAGCCCUGGCCAUCAUCUAGUUUCCUUCGUCUUCGAUGCCGUAUUCGAUGGCAGUUUCACUAUCAUAUUUUUUGCAAAGGAGGAACCAAACUGCACAAUCGUCCCGCAUUUCCAAGAAGCUUUCCCACCGAUCAAAAUCUCUUUCCAGAAAGGUACGGCGCAGAAGUUUGUACAACCUUCAGGGACAGGAACCGAUCUGGCCUUCUUUUUACUGGAUGAUCUAUCGAAACCGUCGCCAGAAGAAGUGUACCCACUAGUAAUAUCAGCCGAGACAGUAAUCUCACCGAGCUCGGUUACAGAGGAAUCAUCGGUUCAUAAGCAAAUCACACAAGCGUGUUUGGAGAAGACUAACGAUGGAUCUUUCAAAGUGAAAGUCAUGAAGCAGAUCCUAUGGAUUGAAGGAAAUCGAUAUGAACUGCGUGAGUUGUAUGGAAUCGAUAACUCGACCACCCAAGGUGGUAAUGCUGAUCACUCGGGCUUAGAGGAUACCGGUGACAAAGAAUGUGUCAUUUGCUUGACUGAACCUAAGGACACCGCCGUGAUGCCUUGUAGACAUUUGUGUUUGUGUAGCGACUGUGCUAAAGAACUGAGGUUUCAAUCAAACAAAUGUCCCAUAUGUCGACAACCUAUCACUGAGCUUUUAGAGAUUAAAGUGGAUAGUACUAAUGAUCAACACUGAAAAAGAGAGAUUCAAAAGAAGAUAAAGAGAGAUGGGAACUGAAGUUUACGAAAAACAUUCAACGAAGUAACCUUUUCUCUUUCUCGCCUUUUUGCUUUUUGUCUAUAAAAAAGGCUAAUAAGGCAAAGGAAAGCUGGUUGGAGAUGGAGAAUGUUUCCUAUUGAAGUUAAGCCUAAAAGAAAAAAGUUUAUUGAUAAAAAAAAAAAAAAAGUGAACCUCUCUGUGUUCAUUCUUUUGACAGAAUGUUCAAACUUUUGAACUGAAGAAGAUAUCAAAAGAAAAGUCUUCAUUUGAUUGUAGUGAAGUGACUCUCUUCACAAGCAAAAUUAUUUUUACAUUACAUCUUGAUUCCAGGUGGUAUGAUUGAUCAUCCUAUAUUCAGAUAUCAUUAUACUAUGACGAAAUAUUUUUGAAAAUUG